GUGGUCGCAAUGUCUAAAGCGACAGUGAAGAAGCUGCACUGGCGCUCAAAGGUGCAGGAAAGCUUUGUUCCGCUGGGCGGGGCCUCAGGUGAACUGGGUUUAGCUAUUGGCGGUGGGGCCGACUAUGGCGAGUUCCCUUUUGUGACCGCAGCCCCUGGAGGCGGGGCCACAGUAGGAGACAUAAUACUAGAGAUCGGUGGUACACCUGUGUUAGGGAUGACACUCGGUGAUGUCAGAGGAGUCCUGAACUCCUGUCCUCAUCCAAUCAGAAUCAAGACAGUUCCGCCAGGGUCGUCUUUGUGUAAAGACCUCAGGUUGUACCUUAGCAAGUGUUUCACACCAGGAUCCAUGGACAGUCAACUGCAGCAGCUGAUCAGAGAAAACCUGUACCUGCGCGCUGUUCCCUGUACAACCAGGCAACCGCGAGAUGGCGAGAUCUCAGGUGUGGACUACAACUUUGUCUCCAUCAAGGAGUUUUUCUCCUUGGAGGAGUCAGGAGCGCUGUUGGAGAGCGGCAAGUUCAAAGGAAAUUACUAUGGGACACCCCGCCCAGUCCACAUUGGUCCAGAGAGUCCUCCGAUUACAUACCAGGAACAUCGUAACCUGCUGAGGAACUUCCGAACCAGAAGCAAGUCUCUGAGUAACUUAGAGAAGACUGUGGAAGAGGGAGAGAACAGUGAAGAGGACAGCAGCCCCUCUGGUUCAGCUGCAGCCCCACCCACCACGCUGUCUCUCAGCCAAUCAUGGGAGUCAGCAACAGGAAGUCUGGAUGGAGGUAGAGGACGAAGGAUAGGAGGAGAAAGAGGUGGACAACGAGAAGGAGGACCUCUACCUGAGAACUGGGAGCUGGCCUUCACUGACUCAGGAGACGCCAGCUGUUUGAACAACAACUCAAAGACAACUGGCUGGCUGGAUCCUCUAACUCAGAACAAAGACACCAAAGCCUCUACAGAAAUCCCGCAGUUCACAGAUCAGCCUUCGCAGCUACGCGGUUACUCCAUCCACACCCGUCUCUCAAAAGGUCCUCAAGGUUUCGGCUUUAACAUUGUUGGAGGAAGUCGUCCACACGAGUUUUUACAAGUGUACAGUGUCACUGCUGGAGGACCACCGGCCCUCACUGCAGGAGACAUCCUGGUCUUUAUUAGCGACACGUGUGUUCUGGGUCGCUCCCAUAAGGAGGUAGUGGAGAUGCUCAAGUCCGUUCCUAUGGGUCAGAGUGUUGAUGUUGUUCUGAGGCGUGGCUACCCAAUGCUCUACAAUCCUGACGGUUGUCCCAAACGGAGUCUGGAAACAACAACGCACAGUGAUUCUUCCAGCAGUCAAGUUCUGACCCACCUGACAUACAGCUGCACGCAGCAAGCCAAUGGGAAAAUCCCAGAACGCAGCCAAACCCUGCCUUCCUUUGCUGAUCAACCGAUGACUAAUGGGUUGAUGGACGCCCCGACUCCUACUACCCCAGACACUCCACUGUGUACGCCACAACCCACAGACAGAAGAGCAGCCAAUCACGGUGACCCCGAGGCUGACUUGUCCAAUGCUAGAAUUCUAAGGUCAUCCCUGGUUCGCUACAACAGCAGUAGUGUCCUCGCCCAUUCCUCCUCCUCCUCCUGUCUCCUCCAACAGCAAGUCUCUAAGUCCUCAGAGUGUGAUCUAUCGUCAUCUAAGCUGCCCUUCGCGUCAUCGGCCUCGCAUUCCCGCACUCUGGCCAAACUGCCCCUCUCUCAGUCGGAGAUUGUCCUUGUAAAGAGCGCCACCAGCCCCACGGACCCUUCUUCCUCUACGCCUCCAGGAGCACCGGCGCAGCACACUUUGAUGCCCCAGACCCCAACUGCGGUAAACUUGCCGAGAGACGUCCCAUCAUGUGGCUUCAACGGGUGUCCAGCCAGUCAUCCGAUGCCCUCCGUAAUCACCAGUGCAACAGCAGGAGCAGAGGCCGCGCUAGGGGCACCGUCAUCUGCAACUUCACCGCAUACUGGAGAGCUUGUGCCAGUGGCGUUAGGACGUAGUGCGGGCUCCGGACUGGGGUUUAGUGUAACAGCAGGAGGACAAGGGGGUCAUCAGGCUGUGGUACGAAGGGUCUGGGAUCGAAGGCAGUGUCCGUCUCUGCAGCCCGGAGAUGCCAUAAUGAAGAUCAAUGGAACAGAUGUCAAGAGCUUAAGAUUCUCCCAGGUGCAGAGAAUCCUGCAGGAACACACCAAACAGGGCGAGGUGGUGCUACUGGUCUACAGAGGAGGCUCCGGCUCCUCUUACGUUGUCACACCCAACGUCUACAAGACUUUUUCCUCUCCUCGGGCGUCAACCACACAAUCUGCAGCAGCUGAUUCGCCUUCCUCCUCCGCAGGUGCCUCAAUGGGGGUUAUCCCCUUACUUAGUCAGGCUGGCUUGGCCCUUGAAGGUAUUCAGGAAGGGCACCUUGCAGCCCCAGGAGGCAAUCAAGGGGUCAGUUCUCCUGCCCAGACACCUAACGGACCAUCAGCCUCCACGCUCAUUCAGAGCACUAGUUUUUUAGACUCAGUUCCGGUGACACUGACUUUGGAACCACGCGAUUUGUUGGGAGCGCAGGAAAGUGCUGGCGGACCUCCUGCAAACACAGGUGGAGGAGCUGCAGGAGUAGUCACUAAAGAAGGGAGGAAUGGAGGUGAAAGUGCGGUAGAGGUGGAGCUCAGGAGGAGACAAGGUGAAGGCUUUGGAUUUGUCAUUGCCUCUCAGGAAGUGCCCAGUGGAGCGCUCUCUUUGAUGUCCCACCGCUUCGUGACGGUGCGACGCGGCAGCCCGGCAGCUCGCUGUGGACAGAUUCAGCCUGGUGACCAGCUGGAGGCAGUAGAGAACCGGCCUGUCGGUGGGCUNNCCUAUUUGGACUUGAGACUUGAUUCGGACUUGAGUGCAAAGACCUUGAGACUUGCUUGUGACUUGCAAAGCAAUGACUUGGUCCCCCACCUCUGCCAUAUCGCAAGUAAAAUACAGUAUCCCCAGUACUACGGAACUGAUGCAGUCCGUCUUUUUUAGGACCAGAAUCAGUUCUACAGUGUGGCCCUGGACCGAGGUCCAACAGGGUUCGGUUUUUCUCUGAGGGGCGGCAGCGAGUACAACAUGGGACUGUAUGUUCUGGGUCUGAUGGAGGGUGGACCGGCUCAACGCAGCAACAAGAUACAGGUGUCGGAUAAGCUGGUGGAGAUAAAUGGAGACAGUACGGCAGGAAUGACACACAGUCAGGUGGUGGAACAAAUCAGACGAGGGGGACAUCGAAUCCACCUCGUCCUCGAGAAAGGAAAUGGAUACGUUCCUGACUAUGACCCUGAGGAAGGAGCUCUCUCCCCCUGCUUCUCCUCGCACACUAAAGAGCAACCUGAGGAGGUAAAGAUUAGCACCUCCUCCAGCCACCUGAGGAAAGGCGGGGGAGAGAGCGGCAGCAGGAGACAGAGAACAGGAGCAGGGUUAGGGCCGCCUUGUCUCGAUCUAGACCUGGUGGAAGAAGAAGCCAUGGAGGAAGAACGUAGGAUGGAGGAGAGGAAAAGAAAAGAGAAAGAGAAGGAGAAGGGGACAAAGACCAUAAAGGAGGGACAGAAAAAGAGCCGAAAGGAGGGGAGGAGAAGCCCAAAAAAGGAGAAGCAGGAUUCAAGAGGAGCUACCAGAGAGGAGAGUGAGGAAGAGGAGCAUAACAUCACCCAUCCUCCGAAGUAUUCCGGGAGCUCAGGUGCCAUAUUUUCCUUCCUCAUGUCCAUGGAGGAUCAAGAUCGUUUGUGUCAGAUUGAUAGUGAAUCUGAAACCAGCUUCUCAGAGAUAAGCCAAUUAGCAACCAACAUCACCACAACAGACCGGAGUCCUACAUGGGAAAAAAAUGGCUCCUCAAUCAGACAAGGUUCCGUCCCCGUGCGCUGGCUGAAGCCAAGACCCCACAAACUCUCCGGGGAUUCCGUGUGGCAGGCGAAUCACUGAGCAGAAGGUUGUGGAUGGGCUCCUUUUCUAAAUGGCGGAAUGUGAAGAGUUUCACUUUUCACAUUAUCUGCUGGAAUUUCUAUAUUUUGCUGUUAUUAGCUACUUGAUGAAAACAGGGCGCUUUUUUUUUUUUUUUUUUUUUUUUUUGUCCUGAGAGAAAACCUCCGUCUGCGUCUCACUGGUGAUGACAUAACAUUCUGACUUCUGAUUGAGUGAUAAAUCAAAACAGAUUGGGUUGAAUAAUUCAUAAAACCGAA